AUGAUUGGCCUUAGUCUAUUGUUCAUUGUUUCUUCACUGGUAAAUAGUUCAUUUUGCGGUAUAAAUCAAAGUCCAGUGCAACAUGGACCAUCGGCAUCACCAAUUCGAGUCAGCACUUCUGCCGGACAACUUGCUGCGAGACUUAUGCUUCAUGAGGGUGAAUAUGAAGUCCAUGCAUCUUCGCCAAAACAUCAAAAUACAACUCCUCUCAGCGUAGCAGAAAGCACACCUCCCCACAUUAUGCCAAAGUCGGAAACCAAGUAUCAGCAAAAAAAGCGCAACAAGGUUGCCAAAUUUAUUCAAGAAGGUUUACAUCCUAAAGAAGCCGAACAAAAAUUUUUGAAGGAAAUGUCUACUUCACAGAGAAAUUGGGCAUCAAAAAAUCGUCAGAGGACAAAGAUAUAUAACAAUAUGUCAUGGAGUAAAACGACUACUGAACAAAGGGAAAAACGAAAAGAGUAUAAACGAAAAUCUUAUCAAGUAAAAAAGAGUAUCAUGGAAGCUUUACUCGAUGACAAAGAUAAAAAUAAAGGUAGUUCGGGUCUUCAAACAUACUUGAUGAUGCAUGAAAAUCGUUAUAGGAUAAAUUUGGAAAAAGGUAUGUCUCCUUUUAAUGCAAAAGAAGCGGCAGAUAAGCAUAUUGAAGACGUCAAGAUUAAAAAUCGUUCUAGAAGAAAGAAAAAUCCCUUAAUUAAGGCAGCUGCAAAAGCAUUGGAAAAGAAGAUAAUUGGCUAUUCUGGUAGUAUAAGUGGAAGUCCAGUGCAAAAUAAUUCACCGCCGCCAUCACCAAUACGAGUAAGCACUUCCGCCGGACAAAUUGCUGCAAAACUUAUGCUUCAUGAAGGUGAAUAUGAAGUCCAUGCAUCUUCGCCGAAACAUCAAAGUGCAUCUUCGCCAAGACAUCAAAGUAUAACUCAUCUCAGCGUCACAGAAAGCGAACCUUCCCACAUUAUGCCAAAGUCGGAAAACAGGUAUCAGCAAAAAAAGCGCAACAAGAUUGCCAAAUUUAUCCAAGAAGGUCUACAUCCUAAAGAAGCUGAACAAAAAUUUUUGAAGGAAAUGUCUACUUUACAGAAAAAUUGGGCAUCAAAAAAUCGCCAGAGGACGAGUGUAUACAACAAUAAAUCAUGGAAGAAAACGUCUGUUGAAGUAAGGACAAGACGGAAAGAGUACAGACGAAAAUCUUAUCAAGUCAAAAAGAGUAUUAUUGAAGCUUUGCUCGAUGACAAAGAUAAAAAGAAAGGUUCAGAUCCCCAAACAUACUUGGUCCAGCAUGAAGAUCGUUAUCGGGUAAAUUUAGAGAAAGGUAUGUCGCCUUCUGAUGCGAAAGAAGCGGCAGAUAAGUAUAUUGAAGACGUCAGGAUGAAAAGCCGUUCUAGAAGAAAGAAAAAUCACUUAAUCAAGGCAGCUGCAAAAGCAUUGGAAAAGAGCAACGCACAAUAUACAAUUGGCUACUCCGGUAGUAUAAGAGGAAGUCCAGUGCAAAAUAACUCUCCGCCGCCAUCACCAAUACGAGUAAGCACAUCCGCCGGUCAAAUAGCAGCGAAGAAAAUGCUCCAUGCAAGCGAAUAUGAAGUUCAUACAUCAUCGCCGAAUCAUCAGUAUACAGCUCCGUUCAGUGUGGCAAAGCAUACUAUCAUCCCGCACGUUGAACCAAAGACAACCAAAUAUGCGCAAAAGAAGCGCAAUAAGAUUGCUGAACUCGUCAAAGAAGGUGUUCAUCCUGAAGAAGCAGAAAGAAGAUUUUUAGAUAAACAGUCUAGUUAUCAGAGACAUUGGACAGGAAAAAAUAUUGAAAAAUCGAGAAGCUAUAAUCGGAAAUCCUGGAGUAAAUCUACUCCAGAACAAAAGGAGAAACGUAGAGACUACAAAAGAAAAUUAUAUCAUGUUAGAAAAGCCGUCGAUGAGGCCUUCUUUGACGGACAAGUGAAGAAAGCACAAAAGCCACGUGUACAAACGUAUGAGCAUCAACAUGAAAAUCGUAUCAAGGUUAACAUGAACAAAGGUAUGUCUCAAGCAGAUGCAAAAGAGGCGGCAGACACGUAUAUUGAAAAUGUCAAGAUGAAAAAUCGUUUAAGAGCAAAGAAGAAUUCAUUAAUCAGAGCAGCAAAAUCGAUGGCAAAGGUAAAAACACAAUCUAUGUCAACGUAA